AUACAUAACUUUUAACUACGCGGUAGACUACAAAACUUAAUAAACUCUUUUCAUUCUUUUUGAUGAAUCGUUUCAUUGAAUUGGAUUUCUAACCUUAACUUUUUGAAUGCAACGAAAGUUGAUCAACAAAUGAUGUCGGAUACAACUAAUCAAAAAUUAUUUUAUAACACUAUAUUGUCACAAGCUUUCUCCCCGGAUGGAAAUUAUUUAUUAGCUGGAAAUAUUUACGGAGAUAUUUCAGUUUUCGAGUUAUUGAAAGCUCUAGGACCGCAUAAAGUCGAAGAAAAUGAAUUACAAGGCCCCAGUUAUCAUUUCACUGCACAUCCCGAUCAACAAGUGGAAAGUAUGGUUUCAACAGACAAUUUCUUAGUAACAGGAACAUCAGGAGAAAUAUGUGGAUGGGAUUGGAAAAUAGUUACUUCGAGUAAAGCUCCAAAAAGCAAAGUAUCAUGGACCAUACAACUUCCAGUUAAUAAGGACAGUUACGAAAAACCAGAUGUAAAUUAUUUAGUAUAUUCAAAAUCAAAUAACAUUCUGUAUGCUGGUUGUGGUGAUAAUAAUAUUUAUGUAAUUACUCUAGAAGAUGGUAGAAUAUUAAGAAGCUUAGAAGGACAUACAGACUAUAUUCAUUGCCUAUCCUUAAUGGGUAAUCAAUUAGCUUCAUGCGGCGAAGAUGGAACAGUAAGGUUGUGGGAUUUACGAAAAAGAGAAAACACCAAUAUAUUAACUCCACAUUUAGUAGACAAAGUUGCCAGACCAAGAUUUGGAAAAUGGAUUGGCGCCAUAGACUUCACGGAAGAUUGGCUGCUAUGUGGUGGUGGUCCAAGUUUAUCUUUAUGGCAUAUGCGUACGAUGGAAGCAGCUACUGUGUUCGAGCUUCCGGAUGAAGGCAUCCACGUGGCAAACAUCUACGAAGAGCGUGUAAUAGCUGCUGGGACGGCACCUCACGUUUACCAUCUAACUUAUCAAGGAGAAAUGUUAGCUAAAGUGCCAACUUCCAGCAAUACCGUAUAUAGUAUUGUAUAUCAGGAAAAUCCACAAAAAGUGUUCAGCAUAGCCGGUUCCUCGAACAACAUAGACGUCUGUACGAACUUUAAUUACCGCGAGUUAAUGUUAAAGUUUGCUUAAUAGAAAUAAAAUAUUACAACAGAAAAACCUACCGAUUGAUUUACAGAAGAAUGUGAUCUCAUUAUGUAUGUAUAUAUAUAUAUUUUUUAAUAAAUAUAUUAAUACAA